AUGAUAUUCAAAAGCUUGGUCACUGGGAAUUCGCAUUUAGAAAUGGCGCCAGCUGUCGAGCCUGUAGACGAAAUGAAAAGCUUGACCAUAAGCGGGAAGAAGAAGAAGAAAAUUGCUGGACGAUGUGAUAUGGAACUUGGUGAUGUGACCCCACAUAAUGUCAAGCAGCUGAAAACACUGAAUUCCUGUAUUCUUCCCGUUCCCUACAAUGCAAAAUUCUACGCGAAUGUGGUGGCUGAUGGUGAAAUGUCGAAGCUGGCUUACGUCAACGACAUCGUGGUUGGAGCCGUCUGUUGCCGUAUAGAUGAGUUCGAAGGGAAGCGAUCGCUGUAUAUAAUGACCCUGGGCACUUUGGCACCGUAUCGGCAGCUGGGUGUUGGGAAUAUGCUACUCAAUUAUGUAUUCUCAUUGACUGCCAAGGAUCCAACCAUAGAGAAUAUCUUCCUGCACGUACAAACCAGCAACGAAACGGCACUGAAUUUCUACAAAAAUCGCGGGUUCGAACAGGUUGGCAUAGAAGAGAAUUACUACAAGCAUGUUGAGCCGAAGGAUGCAUACACGAUGGUGAAAAGAAUCAAAACGGUCAAACCGUAG